UUAAGGUUUUUUUUUUUUUUUUUUUUGUUGGCAGAGAACACAGGACCAUUUCAGUUGACAAUGAGCAUUUUAAAAAUCAACGCAACUCAUCUGUUAUGGAAAGAUUUAUGCAUUUCACCUCAUGAAUUACGACUCAAAACUCUUCAUUGUGGGCAGUCUUUCCGAUGGAGACAGUAUAAAGAUCAAUGGAUUUCAACUUUAAAAGGAAACCUAAUCAUACUCAAAGAAACUCCCUCCAGUAUAAUGAUUGGUUAUCCUUCUGAGGAGGAUGAGACAUCCAAAAAAGAAAAAGAAUCGAUCCUUAAAGACUACUUCCAAUUGGAUAAGGUUUCCUUGAAAUCAUGUUAUGAUAGUUGGUCCAAAAUAGACCAAAACUUUGCUGAAAAGGCUGUCGAUUUCCAAGGAAUUCGUAUCUUGAGGCAGGAUCCUUGGGAGAAUCUGAUAUCCUUCAUCUGCUCAAGUAACAACAAUAUUACAAGGAUAUCGCAAAUGAUUCAUAAACUAUGUACGCAGUUUGGGCAAAAAAUAGCUAUUGUAGAUGAUCAAGAAGAGUUCUAUGAUUUCCCUAGUUUAGAAGCAUUGUUGGCCGACGAAGAACAUAGGUCGACCGAGAAGGUGCUUCGAGACCUGGGAUUUGGUUAUCGAGCAAAAUACAUUGUCAAUACUGCCAAGUUCAUCAAGGAAAACUAUCCAGAACAGGGACAACGAUGGCUGAAUACAUUGAGAGAGAAGCCCUAUUUGGAAGCCAAAGAAGCACUCAUGCAGUUACAGGGCGUAGGUCCUAAAGUGGCUGAUUGUAUAUGUCUCAUGUCUUUGGACCAUCCUGAAGCAAUACCUGUGGAUACUCAUGUGUGGCAAAUUGCGUUGAGAGAUUAUGGAUUCAAGAACAAAGGAAAAGCAUUGAACCACAAACUAUAUUUGCAAGUGGGCGAUCAUCUGAGAGCUAUUUUUGGUGAUUAUAGUGGUUGGGCCCAUUCUGUUCUAUUUACCGCUGAUUUGAAGUCAUUCAAAAUAGUAAAAAAGACAGUGGAGACAACCAUCCAAGAAGAGGAGGGUACCCAACACACCCAGAUAACAAAGAAAAGGAAAAAGAUCACGGUUGAAACAAGUACGACAACAAGAGUCAAAAAACGAGCAUCGUUCUAG